UUGCUGAGCUCAAAACGACAGCAGAUGGAGCUACGUUUCAUCAGUCUCCUCUCGAAAGAAUCAUCCCAACCGUUCGAUGCAGUGGUCCUAACGACCGUUUACCAUCUCAUCCACCGUCCAAAGCCAAACCUACGGCUACGAUCAUCUAAAUGCUCUCACUUAUCCAGUCCCAACGGAACUCUACGAUAGAGACAAUUUGACAAAAUACCAAAAAAUCGUCAAAGAAGAAAAAUGAAUCUCCCCAAGCAAGCGAGCGGAAAAUUUAUAAAAGACAAAAACACCAAACAGAUCCGAAAUUCGAUAGAACAAUACAAUCCAAUCCAAUCCAAUCCAAUGGCGUCUCUUCUCCACCUCCCUUUCUUCUUCCUCCUCUCUCUGGCCCUCUAUUUACCCCAACCGGGCGAAACCCUAAGCAUCCGCCGCGGAUCCUCCGGCGGCGGCGCCUUCUCCGUCGCCGACUACGGCGCCGCUGGCGACGGGCGCAGCUACGACACGGUGGCGAUCCAAGCGGCGAUCGACGCGUGCGCGCGCUCCGGCGGGGGCCGCGUGGUGGUCCCCGCGGGGGGCGACUACCUAACCGCGACGGUGUUCCUCCGAUCGGGGGUGGUGUUGGAGGUGGAGAGGGGGGCGCGGCUCCUCGGGGGGACGAGGGAGGGGGACUACCCCCCGGAGUCGGCGCGGUGGUACGUGGUGCUCGCGGAGGGGGCGGAGGGGGCGGGGAUCACGGGAGGCGGGGAGAUCAACGGCCAGGGAGGGGCCUUCGUGGUGCGGAGGAGCGAGAGGAAGAACGUGAUGGUGAGCUGGAACGCCACGGGGGAGUGCGAGGGCGACGAGUGUCGGCCCCGCCUCGUAGGAUUCAUCGACUCCAAGGAUGUUAGGGUUUGGAACAUCACCCUCAACCAGCCCGCUUACUGGUGUCUACAUCUAGUGAGGUGUGAUAACUCAUUGAUCCACAACGUAUCAAUAUAUGGAGAUUUCAACACACCAAACAACGAUGGAAUUGAUAUCGAAGAUUCAAACAACACGGUCAUCACCAAUUGCCACAUUGAUACCGGUGAUGACGCAAUCUGCCCGAAAUCGUCAACCGGACCUGUUGUCAAUUUAACUGCAACAAACUGCUGGAUUCAAACUAAAUCUAGCGCUAUAAAGCUCGGCAGUGCUAGUUAUUUCGAUUUUAGAAGAUUUUUAUUUGAUGAUAUCACUAUUGUGGACUCACAUAGGGGGCUUGGAAUGCAAAUACGUGACGGAGGAAAUGUGAGCGACGUUGUUUUCUCUAACAUCAGAAUAAGCACCAGAUACUAUGAUCCCUUGUGGUGGGGGAGAGCAGAGCCUAUUUACAUAACAACUUGCCCAAGAGAUUCGACUUCAAAAUCCGGGUCCAUCUCCAACAUUCUCUUUGUGAAUAUCUCAUCAGUUUCGGAGAAUGGGGUUUUCUUGUCCGGUUCGAGGCAUGGACUUCUCAACAACAUUAAGUUCAAAAAUGUUAGCUUGACUUACAAGAGAUGGACGAAUUAUACGGGAGGGUUAUACGAUUAUAGGCCCGGAUGUCAGGGAUUGGUUAAUCACAGCACAGCCGGUAUGAUGAUGGAGCAUAUAUCGGGAUUGGAGAUAGAGAAUGUGAAGAUGAGGUGGUCUAAAAUGAGCUCGAAAGGAUGGGAUAAUCCCCUCCUAUUUAGACCUUCUACUGUGGAUAAGUUAUCCUUCCAUGAUUGGCAAUCAAAUGUAUAUUAGCAUGAGAAGUUCCACAUCUCAUUCCUUAACUAAGUCUAUGGAGAAAAGAGAGAUUAAAUCCUUCCCUAUUCAUGUUCUGCUUAUUUUUAUGAAUGGUGGUAAUAAAAUUAUCUUGGAAAGAUGGUUCCUUUUCUUCUCUUUUUCUUCUCUUUUUCUUUGUAAUCCGCAUGUUUCUCAAUAGAUGUUUCUCAAACUCAUCCAUUUUUUUGUAAAAUAAAACAAAAUGUCUCUUGUGAU